AUGACCGACCAGAGAAACCUAGAUGUUGUCAAAGCUGAACUCAAUCAAUUGGAGAGUUUAUGUCAACAAUUCCAUGACGCCCAUAAUCUUUAUUAUGAUGAAUUAGCCACACCGGAAGAAACGGAAAUCGCCUCACGUUAUUUUAAUGACAAGGAAAGUGACAUUUUCGAGUACCGCAAGGAAGUUACGAAUUGGAUUCUUGAGUGCGAAGCAAGAAUAAGCCAUCAUUUAGGAAGAUUAUCGGCUAAGCGGUCAGUUAAGUCACGCUCAUCACGUUCCUCACGUUCAUCAAGGUUGUCACGCUCUUUGCAGUCUGCUCGUAUGAAAGAAAAAGCCAAAGUCGCCGAAUUAAUGGCAGAACGCUCCUUGCUAAAAGAAAAAAUCAAACAGCAAGCCGCUGAAGAACAAUUACAAAUGGACCUCGAAAAAGCCGAAGCCAAAGCCAGAGAACGGGCGUUCAAAGAAUUGGAAAGGGAACAAAAACUGAAAUUACCGGAAGUAGAUGAAGGAACACAUGAUUCUUUUCUCGCGUUAACAACACCCGCUACUGGUCGUAAACACGAAUCGCCGUCGAUACCUGGCAAUUUCCCGAUUCACUCCCCCAGUAUCAAAACAGAACGCGAAAAAAGAGAACUCUCACCGCUCAAUUCAGAAAAACCUGAGUUUUAUUACCAUGCCUUUCCCGCUGAAACAAAGAAAGAAGAGGUCACACAUCUAACCAAUAUGGAGAACGAAAUGCUAAAGGAAGUUUUUAAAAUUCAGCACCAACAAAUACAGGGAAUGGUAGCCUCCCAGAAUCCAUUAGCAACUGCAAUUUCCCUCCCUAGGGUACCCUAUGGAGUUCACAUUUCUGAUGGCGUUCGAUGCGUGCGUUCAGUCAAGAGUAACCAACAGCGCAGACAGGCUCUACUACCUUGA